AGUCGGCACAGAAGAUGAGGCGAAGGAAGCAUCGGAUGGUGGAGCAAACGAGAUGUCAGCUGACAAGAAAGCUGCCUCUGCAAGAUCUUCAAAGAAGACCGAUCUGCAGAGCAAGCAGUGGGCCAAGGACGCCAUUGCAGCAACUGCCGGCUUCGAGUACGUCAGGAGAACUUUACCUAACCUUCCGCCAAGCUCCAUCCCGAACAAGGACGAAGACCCGCGAUUGCUCCCAGUGAGACCGAAAGGGCUGCGAAAAGUCUGGCAGAAGGUUGAGAAAUGCGAGGAAGGGACGGCAGGAGCCAGGCUUUCUGGUCUUUCAGUUGCCAGCGCAAACGUGGAGGAGCCGAACUCACCGAAAAGCUCCAACGAGAAGUUGUCUGGGAAGAAGCAGGUGAAGCAUGUGGUGAGAAUGUCGGGGCUAAGACGACAAGUACAAGACAACUCGUUCACCCUCCACCCUUAUGCAAACAGCAGCGCCCUCCCAGAGGUGGAUCAUAUUUCAGCGCCAACAGCACGAACAUCCAAUGCUCCGGCCAAGAGUGCAGAAUCGUCUGAAGAACUGCCCAACGAGGAUGCUGCUGCAGGUGGGGAGGCAAGCGAGGAAGGAAUGAAGGACAGCGGCGAUGAUGUCAAGUCUGAAGGUGGUCAAGCUGAAGUCUCUGACUAACUAGAGCAGACGAUAUGUUAGUGGGAGGGU